CGACUUUCAACCUACCUACAUCGUUGCGUCUCUGCGUCAUCUACAUUCUCGAAUCUCUGGCUUGCUUUACAGGUUGUUCAUAACAUCUUCAAGGCUUUCGAUCCGGGCCAAGACACUGGUUCUAUGCGCCUUAUCAUAAGUACAGUACUCUCAUACUUUACGGCCAGGACAACUUGAAUACAACAUUUGCAAACACCUAAUGGCCCGUAUUUUUUAAUCUGAUCUUCCCGGGUGUGACAGCCACUACUCACCAAGAUCAGCUCGAAUGAACUCCAUAUCCGUGCGUCCACAGCCGCAAUCCGCGUGCAGGCCGGUUCUGAGUACUUACCUUCACGGUUCAGCCUAACCAAUAUGCCCGACAUCGUAGUCAUUCUGUUCUAAAAUAAUCUUGCUUCUUGCUGUCUCAUGGGAACACAUUUCCCAACUAGCUCCUGUGUGGAUUGCAGGCAUGCUCAACAUCGGGCGCCUAUUUUGAAGUUGUUAUCGUGCUGCCAUCGAGCGUUGGGCUUGCUGGUUUAUAGCGUCCGCCCGGUGCUGCUUCAAGAGUUGUACAUUUGUCACUUCAAACAUGCUCGACCUCACCCGCGUUCGAUCAAACUUCCCCGCAAUCGCGCAAUCAAACUAUAUCUUUGGUGAUAACGCUGGUGGUUCACAAUGCCUUUCCUCUGUUGUAGCGCGAAUUUCCGAUUACCUCUUGCACACAAAUGUACAGCUCGGCGCUGACUACUCUAUGUCGGUGACAAGCACCAAUCGUGUCGCCGAUGGAGCUGAGGCAGCUCGAGAGCUGUUUAAUGCGACGAGCGUUGAUGAGAUUGCUUAUGGAAGUAGCUCCACGAUGCUCGCGGAGAAUCUAGCCAGGGCGAUCGAAGCCGAUGUUCGAGAAGGUGAUGAAUUCAUUGUCACAGGAGAACACGAAGCGAAUGCCGGGCCUUGGAAGAAGUUGGCUGCUCGUCGAGGAGUGACCGUCAAGUAUUGGCAUGCUCGCACGGAACCUAACUCUGAGAACCCUUACGCAGUUUCUCUACACGUAUCCGAUCUCGUACCAUUAAUCACGGAGAAAACGCGGAUUGUCGCCUUCACUGCUUGCUCCAACAUUCUUGGAUCUAUCGUGCCUGUCAAAGAGGUUAUCAGCGCCAUCCGAUCAAAGGCAGCAGAAGUUGGUGCGCGCAAGGUUGAGACAUGCGUAGACUGCGUCGCCUACGCGCCACACCGUCGCAUUGACGUACAAGACUGGGGUGUAGACUACUGCUUCUUCUCCAUGUACAAGGUCUACGGCCCUCAUAUUUCUGUGCUCUACGCAAGGGCAUCUAGUCUCAAGUCUUCGUUAACAUCGCUCGCUCACCAUUUCUUGAAAGUGGAUGAUAAACCAUACAAGCUCCAGCCUGGAGGUCCCGGCUAUGAGCUUGUUUAUGGCUGCACAGCGGUCCCUAUAUACCUUCGAUCCCUGUCGCCUUCGCAGGAUUUGAACGAGGCUUUCAAGUUGAUCGCAGAGCACGAGCAGACUCUCGUCAAACCGUUAUUGUCGUAUUUGAAGAGUAAGGCAUCCAGAGGCGUCAGAAUUGUCGGAGAGGAAGAGACCAGUCUUUCUCGUGUCCCAACCAUCAGCUUCGUCGUCGUUGGUGAGCGAGCUAUACGGAGUCAGGAUAUUGUGAAGGUAUUCGAUCAGAGGGGAAAUAUUGGCAUUCGUUACGGCCAUUUCUAUGCCUACACUCUGAUCGACUCACUGCAGCCAAAGCUGGACACCGACGAUGCUGUUGUUCGGAUUUCGUUAGUUCACUACAAUACUGUUGAGGAAGUUGCAACGAUCAUAGAAAUUUUGCAGGAAAUUCUAGCUUAGGGAUCAAAUGGUGAUGUCUGGUUAAAUAGGUGUGCUUACCCUUAUACUGUAAAUAUCAUGUUGCCGGACGGUUCAUGAAUAUUCUACUAGAUACAGUAUAUGACGUCACUGUGUUGACCGACUGAUAUGGAAGUUCGGUAGAGGCUCCCACACAACAAACCCAAAUAGUGCGACAGCGAUUCUUGACUCGUGGCACCUUUCACUGAUGAGCCGAACGAUACAUUGGCAGUUUAACGACUGGAAGGACUUUCGGAUGCGUGUAAUGCAUCUGUAGGCUUGCAGCUUCUCCUGGUCACAUACAACUCGAUAUUCAGGAGAGAUUUAUUACGGUUUUAAGGCUUUAUAGAUUCGUACGAUAGGCAGGCUUCUAGUUGCGACUGGCUGAAAUGCUGCAGCGAAUAUAUGACCCGAAUAGCUUGCAU